AUGUUGCGUGUUGUGGUUGAGUCUGCUUCAGGUCUUCCUAAAAAGAAACUUGGCAGUCCGGGCCCCAUCACAUCUGUGGUGUUUAAAGGUAAAACAAAGAAAACUCGGGCCAUCAACAGUAAACUUGAUCCUGACUGGAAUGAGACACUUAAAUUUGACCUAAAGGGUUCCUCUCUUGAUUCCUCAUCCUUCAUUGAUGUGAUUGUAAAAGACUUUGAGGCUCUUGGAAAAGACAAGUUUAUUGGCUCUGCAAAAGUCAACUUAAAAGACCUAGCAAGUGGUAAAGUGAAGUCGCUCCCUUCAAAAGGUUUGCCUUUAGUUAAUGAAAACGGGCAAAAUAUUGGAGCCACAAUCGAUCUUCUAAUUGGUUAUGAGCCUCCAGCUAACACUCCUCCAAACCCAAAUGAUCAACCAGAUGGCGGUGUGGCAGGAACCACCGGUGCUGAUGGAAAUGAAGAUGCCACUGAUACAGGGGGUUUAUCAUCUCCCACUCAGCUGGAUCAAAAAUCUCUAUCACGGACCAGAAAACAGAGGCCUUUAUCUAACAAACCGCAGGACUUCCAGAUCCGGGUCCGGAUCAUCAAAGGUCGGCAGUUGCCUGGAAACAACAUAAAGCCUGUUGUGAAAAUACAUGUUUGUGGAGAAACCCACAGGACUCGCAUCAAAAGAGGAAAUAACCCCUUCUUUGAUGAGAUUUUCUUCUACAACGUCCACAUGUUGCCAUCAGAGCUUUUCAAUCAACACGUCAGCAUUCGGGUGUACAACUCCUCAUCACUGAGGGCUGACAGUCUUAUGGGAGAAUUUAAGGUUGAUGUUGGUUACAUCUACGACGAACCUUCUCACUGUGUCAUGAGGAAAUGGCUGCUUUUAAACGUCCCAGAUGACUCAAGCUUUGGCGCAAAGGGUUACCUGAAAGUCAGCAUGUUCAUCGUUGGGACCGGGGAUGAGCCUCCGGUGGAGAAGAGGGACCCAGACAGCGAUAACGAUGACGUAGAAAGCAACCUUCUGCUGCCGGCUGGAAUUGCACCGAGAUGGGUUACGCUGCAGCUCAAAGUGUUUCGUGCUGAGGACCUCCCUCAAAUGGAUGACUCCAUCGCUCAGUCUUUGAAAGAGGCUUUUGGAGGAAAAAGCAAUAAAAAGAAUCUAGUAGAUCCAUUCAUCAAGGCCUGGUUUGCUGGAAAGAAGCUAUGCACAAAAAUAAUUGAGCAGAAUGCAAACCCUGAAUGGAAUCAGGUUCUUAAUCUACAGGUUAAGUUUCCAUCUAUGUGUGAACGGAUUAAACUGACAACAUUCGAUUGGGAUCGCCUCACAAGAAAUGAUGCCAUAGGCACUACGUUCUUGAAUCUGACCUCAAUAGCAUCAUCUGGUGGUGAAGUUGAAGGAGAAAUUGGGGAGUCUGGCGGUGGCUUUCUGCCUGCAUUUGGCCCAAGCUACAUUAACCUGUAUGGCAGCUCAAGGAAGUUUACAAGUUUAAUGGAUCCUUAUGAAGACCUUAACUUUGGAAAGGGGGAAGGGGCAGCCUACAGAGGACGCAUUCUAAUUGAGCUUUCCACUAAGCUUGAGGGAAAGCAGGAGAAUGACUUAGAGGCCAUAUCAAAUGAUGACAUUUUGGUUGCUGAGAAAUACCAGUGGAAGAGGAGGUACUGCCUAUGUGCUGUGUUCCACAGUGCCACCAUGAUCCGAGACCCUGGAGAGCCUAUUCAGUUUGAAGUUAGCAUUGGCAACUAUGGCAACACUCUGGACUCGACAUGCAAACCUCUCGUUUCAACCACCCAAUACAGCUGUGCCGUGUUUGAUGGUAAUCAGUACUACUACUUGCCCUGGGCUGACACAAAACCUGUUGUUGCCAUCAUGUCAUUUUGGGAAGAUAUCAGUCAUCGCUUAGACGCUGUUAACAUCAUUCUCCACAUUGCAAACCGUUUGCAAGACAACAUCACUGAUCUAAAAACAGAAAUACUAGCCAAAGUCCCAGACAAUAAACUGUAUGAGAUUCGGACCACGCUUUUAAGCCAACUCAUGGAGGACAUCAGCAGCUUCAAACUCCCAGACCUGAAGGGUAAACCUAACCUCACAGCCCUGGACAUCCAGAUUAAGAAGCUCAGAGACAACACCUUGAAGAACAUCCUGACUUCAGCUGAGCACUUGUUACAGAUGGGCGCUAACAUAACAGAGAGUUUGCCCACCAUUGACGGCUGGCUGGACAGACUUAAACAACUAGCUGAGGAGCCCCAGAACAGCAUGCCUGAUGUUGUUAUCUGGAUGUUGAGGGGAAAGAAACGGGUGGCCUACAGUCGCAUUCCAGCUCAUCAAGUUCUAUAUUCGGAGCACAGCGAGGCAGCAUGUGGCCAGUACUGUGGAAAAACUCAGACCAUCUUUCUAAAGUACCCAAUGGAUAAAAACAAGGGUUCCAAGAUCCCUGUACAAAUACGGGUGAAUAUGUGGCUGGGAUUAGGCACAGUCAAAACAAAGUUCAAUGUUUAUGCCAAGGGAACAUUUACUGUUUUUGCAGAACUGUAUGAGAACCAGGCAAAAAUGAUAGGCAAGUGGGGUACUUCGGGUCUUUUGAAUCGCCCAAAGUUCUCUGACGUAACCGGAAAAGUGAAUCUAAAGCAGGAGUAUUUUAUGCCCCCUGUAGGCUGGCAUUGGGAAGGUGACUGGUUUGUGGAUCCUGAGAAAAGUUUGCUGACCGAGGCUGAUGCAGGACACAGUGAGUUUGUGGAAGAAGUUUAUGAGAAUCAGACUCGUAAUCCUGGAGGAGAGUGGACAGCAGCGCCGUAUACAGAUGUGAAUGGAGAGAACGCUCGUUCCUCAGAGGAGAUAGAGUGCCCUCGUGGAUGGAAAUGGAUGGAUCUAUAUGCAGAGAUAUUUGACUGUGACCAAGUGGGCAAAGACGAGCUGUUGGGCAGAAGUAGCUGCCUGCCUUUAGUGAAACUGAACCCAGCCAUGGAUAUAUCUCCUAAGCUUCUCUGGUACCCCGUCAUAAACAAGGAAGUGCCUGCUGGACAAAUCCUGGUUUCCGCCGAACUCAUUUUAAGGAACAAGGGAAAUGAGACUAAACUUCCCCUUGUCCCACCAAAGAGAGGAGACAUGCUGUUCAUGGUGCCUCAGGGGGUUCGUCCUGUAGUGCAGCUCACUAUGAUAGAGAUUCGGGCAUGGGGAUUGCGCAACAUGAAGACCUACCAGUUGGCACCUGUGACCUCCCCGAGCUUGGUGGUGGAGUGUGGAGGCGAGCGGAUUCAGUCAGCAGUCAUCAGGAACAUGAAAAAGAGCCCCAACUUCCCUGGAAGUGUUCUACAGUUGAAAGUGCUUUUGCCCCAGGAGGAGAUGUACACACCUCCAAUUGUGCUGAAAGUUAUUGAUCAUAGGACAUUUGGGCGGAAGCCUGUAGUAGGUCAGUGCACUAUUGACUCACUGGAAGAGUACAGAUGUGACCCGUAUAGCGCUGUGGCUGAAGUGGCUAUGUCAUCGAAAGUGGCUUUGAUGGCAAGGACUUCCCAGGAUCUGCGCAUCAACAUGGAGGAAAGGCCUCUUCUUGAAACACAGGAGAAAGAGGAGAUUGAUUGGUGGAGUAAGUUUUAUGCUUCAAAUGGAGAACAUGAGAAAUGUGGCCCAUACCUUGAGAAAGGAUAUGACACCCUUAAGGUUUUCAACUGUGAACUUGAAAACAUGACUGAAUAUAAGGGGUUGACUGAUUUCUGUAACACUUUUAAACUCUUGCGCGGAAAGACAGACACCGGUGAGGACGAUCCCUCUGUGGUCGGAGAAUUUAAGGGAUCCUUCAAGCUCUACCCGCUCUCAGAUGACCCGGCCGUACCCUUACCUCCACCGCAGUUUAGAGAACUUCCUGACAGUGGCCCUCAGGAGUGUAUCGUCAGGAUCUACGUGAUCAGAGCAGUUGACCUGCAACCCAAAGACAACAAUGGUUUAUGUGAUCCAUACAUUAAGAUCGCACUAGGAAGGAAGACCAUUGAUGAUAGAGACAAUUACAUACCGAAUACUGUGAACCCAGUGUUUGGAAGAAUGUUUGAGAUGUCAUGCUUCCUCCCACAAGAAAAAGAUCUGACGAUCUCCCUUUAUGACUUUGAUCUUCUUACUCGUGAUGAGAAAGUAGGCGAGACAGUGAUUGACCUGGAGAAUCGGUUACUUUCUCGCUUCGGAUCUUACUGUGGUCUGCCACAGACUUAUUGCAUAUCUGGGCCAAAUCAGUGGAGAGAUCAGUGGAAGCCAUCACAGAUUCUUCAGCACCAUGCACGUCUGAAGGGCGUGCCUCCUCCUAGAUCUGAGGACAACGGGAACACCUUAAGUUUUAAUGGCCGGGAAUAUCAGCUCUCUGACUUUGAGGCUAACAAAGAAAUUCAUCAACACCUGGGCCCAGCAAGUGAGCGGAUCGCACUGCAUGUUCUUAGAACACAAGGCCUCGUUCCAGAGCAUGUGAAAACCAGAACACUUUACAGCACCUUCCAGCCCAUGCUGCAACAAAAAUGCAAAAAUGCCCUUCCUGCACAGGGAAGUCUUCAAAUGUGGGUCGAUGUUUUUCCCAAAAGUCUUGGACCUCCUGGACCUCCUUUUGAUAUUACCCCACGCAAGGCCAAAAAACAUAUGUUGCGUGUCAUCAUUUGGAACACCACUAAUGUCAUUUUGGAUGAAACCAGCAUCACUGGAGAGAAAAUGAGUGACAUAUAUGUAAAAGGGUGGAUGGCAGGAAAAGAAGAGGAUCAGCAAAAGACUGAUGUUCAUUACAGAUCUCUUGAUGGUGAUGGAAAUUUCAACUGGAGAUUUGUCUUUGACUUUGAUUACCUUCCUGCUGAGCAACUGUGUCUGGUUUCUAAAAAGGACCACUUUUGGAGUCUUGACAAAACAGAAUUCCGAAUUCCACCUCAGCUGGUUAUUCAGAUAUGGGACAAUGAUAAAUUCUCCCUGGAUGAUCAUCUUGGCACCGUUGAACUCAAUCUGAACAACCUCAUCUCCCCUGCUAAAAUACCUAAGAAUUGCAGCCUGCAAAUGCUGGAUAAUGUGCCUAAAACAACUCAUAAGUCCAAGUCUCUUUUCGCCCAGAAGACAGUCAAAGGAUGGUGGCCCUGCUACAUCGAAAAAGACGGAAAGAAGGAGCUCGGUGGGAAAGUGGAAAUGACAUUGGAGAUAGUCAAUGAGACGGAGGCAGAUGAAAGGCCAGCAGGAAAGGGCAGAAAUGACCCCAACAUGAAUCCAAAGCUCAACGCACCCAACCGACCUGAAACAUCCUUCUUCUGGUUCAUAAACCCAUGCAAAACCUUGAAGUUCAUUAUAUGGCGGAGGUUCAAGUGGCUUUUUAUUGGCUUGAUUAUAUUGCUGUUAGUUUUACUGUUCCUUGGAAUCCUUUUGUAUUCAUUACCGAACUAUAUCUCAAUGAAAAUCGUGCAGCCAAUUAGGUGAUUUGGAUAUCUGCUGUGGAGACAGGCACUGGAGUAACAUCCUGUAGGAGCACACAUUUUGUAUUAACUGAUCUAAAGUAUUUUAUGAUGCUAUGCUAAAACACAG